AUGAAGUACGCUAUCGCUGCCCUCGCCUUCGCUGGCGCCGUCGCCGCCCAGGUUGACGCCAUCCCGGAGUGCGCCAAGUCCUGCAUCGAGAAUGCUCUCACCACCGUCGGCUGCGAGGAGAAUGACUACGCCUGUGCCUGCGCCAACAUGAGCGCCAUCGAGAUUGAGGCCGGCCCCUGCGCCGCCGUUGCUUGCACCGGCGACGAGAUCUCCGAGACCCUCGCCGCUGUCCAGGAGAUCUGCGCUAACCUCCCUGAGCCCACCGAGCCCGCGGAGCCCACUGACACCGCGGAGCCCACUGAGCCCGCCACCGAGGAGCCCAGCUACCCCUCCGCCACGGAGACCGCCACCGCGACCGCCACGGGCUACCCCUCCGGGUCUGAGACCGAGUCGGCCGCCGGCUACCCCACCGAGACGCCCACCUCGUACGAGGAGAUGGUCACCAGCACCAUCUACGCCACCAAGGUCUACACCGUCACGUCGUGCGCCGCCUACGUUACCGACUGCCCGGCCCACUCGACCUACCUGACCACCGAGACGGUCGCCGUCUCCACCACCGUCUGCCCGGCCAGCGAGGUGACCUACCCGCCCAAGGUGCCCACCUACCCCGUCCCUCCCCCGUCCUACCCCGCCGAGACCCCCACCGUCAUCACCUCGUAUGUCGGCACCGGCACCCCCGGCGGCUACCCCACCAAGACCGCCACCUCUUCCCAGGUCGAGGUCACUGCCGGCGCUGCCGUUGUCGGCUCCAUGGGCGGUGUCGCUGCCCUUGCCCUGGCUGCCCUUGCCGUCUUCUAA